CUUUUUGAAAAGCUGUUAGAUUUGUAUAUAAAAUGAUCUUUAACAUUGACGACCUUAUUGUACACUUUCCUUACGAUAAAAUAUACCCGGAACAAUAUCAGUACAUGUGUGAUCUAAAAAGAUCACUUGAUGCAGAGGGACAUUGUGUUCUUGAAAUGCCUUCUGGAACUGGAAAAACAGUUUCUUUAUUAUCUCUUAUUGUUGCAUAUCAAAUGCAAUAUCCUGAAAAACAUAGAAAGUUAGUUUAUUGCUCGCGUACAGUACCAGAAAUCGAUAAAGCAUUAGGAGAGUUGAAGCGUUUGAUGAAGUAUCGAAGAAAUCAAGGACUUCAAGAAGACUUUUUCGGUAUUGGACUUACAUCGCGUAAAAAUCUGUGUUUGAACCCGAUCGUCUCAAAGGAAAGAAAGGGCAAGUCAGUAGAUUCCAAAUGCAGAAAUUUAACAGCUAGUUGGGUUCGCUCAAAGGUGAUAAAAAAGAAGAAUGCUGAGGAACAGCAACAAACAGAUGAUCCAAUGGAUAUAGAUCAACCUGUGCCGCUAUGCGAUUUUUAUGAGCAAUUAGAGGCAGCUAAUUCUCCAAAUCCUAUACCAAAUGGCAUUUAUACGUUAGAAGACCUCAAAGAUUACGGCAGACAAAUGACAUACUGCCCUUAUUACCUCGUGAGAAGAGCAAUACCGUUUGCUAACGUUAUCAUUUACUCGUACCACUACAUGCUCGAUCCAAAAGUAGCUGAGCUUGUAUCUAGAGAGUUGUCAAAAGAUUGUAUCGUCGUAUUUGAUGAAGCACACAAUAUUGAUAAUGUCUGUAUUGAAUCUCUCAGUAUUGAUCUGACGCGUCCCAUGCUAGAUGCAAGCGCUAGGAGCAUAGGUAUACUGUCAGAAAAAAUCGAAGAAAUCAAAAAGACUGACGCUCAACGAUUAAAAAACGAAUAUACCAAGCUUGUCGAAGGAUUGCGGGAUGCAAGUACAGCAAGAGACGAGGAUACAUUUAUGGCAAGUCCUGUUUUACCAGAUGAUUUAUUAAAAGAAGCAGUUCCUGGUAAUAUUAGACGAGCAGAGCAUUUUGUAGCGUUUUUAAGGCGAUUUAUUGAAUAUUUGAAGACACGUCUUCGUGUGAUGCACGUUGUAGCAGAAACACCCACAUCAUUUUUACAACAUUUAAAGGACGUGACAUAUAUUGAAAGAAAGCCAUUACGAUUCUGUGCUGAACGAUUGUCAAGUCUAGUAAGAACACUUGAACUUACAGAUUUAGAGCAUUUUUCUAGUCUUCAAAAGGUUGCUGGCUUUGCUACUCUUGUAUCAACUUAUGACAAAGGCUUUUUACUCAUUCUAGAGCCAUUUGAAACUGAGACGGCAACUAUACCUAACCCAGUACUCCAUUUCACAUGUUUAGACGCGUCUAUUGCUAUCAAGCCAGUCUUUGAUAGAUUCCGUACGGUGGUUAUCACCUCUGGUACUUUAUCUCCCUUAGAUAUGUAUCCCAAAAUGCUCAAGUUUGAAGCUGUUGUUCAAGAAAGUUAUGCAAUGACAUUGACUAGAAACUGUUUUCUUCCUAUGGUCAUUACCCGAGGGUCUGAUCAAGUCGCAGUGAGUUCCAAGUUUGAGGUUCGAAAUGAUCCAGCUGUUGUUCGUAAUUUUGGUCAAAUCAUGGUAGAGUUUGCCAAGAUUGUACCUGAUGGUGUUGUCUGUUUCUUUCCAAGCUAUCUUUACAUGGAGUCGAUUGUAUCUAUGUGGAACGAUAUGGGUAUAUUGAAUGAAGCUUGGAAGUAUAAACUCAUCUUUGUGGAAACGCCUGAUGCAGCCGAAACAAGUCUCGCACUUGCCAAUUAUCGAAAAGCAUGCGAUAAUGGCCGUGGUGCUAUCUUACUAUCUGUUGCUCGUGGUAAAGUGUCAGAAGGUAUUGAUUUUGAUCACAACUACGGUAGAGCUGUCAUCAUGUUUGGUAUACCUUAUCAGUACACAGAAUCACGUAUUUUGAAAGCUAGAUUGGAGUAUUUACGAGAUAAUCUGUACAUUCGGGAGAAUGACUUUUUGACAUUUGAUGCAAUGCGACAUGCAGCCCAGUGUGUCGGAAGAGUUUUAAGAGGUAAAACAGAUUAUGGAUUGAUGGUGUUUGCAGAUAAGAGGUUUGCAAGAGCUGAUAAAAGGGCCAAAUUACCAAAGUGGAUUAAUCAAUAUGUGACAGAUGCAUCUACCAAUUUAUCAACGGAUAUGGCAGUGGUUGUUGCAAAGAAGUUCUUGAGAACAAUGGCGCAACCUUAUGAGUCAAGCCAAACAGGAGUUUCCUUGUGGACAGUUAAAGAUAUAGAACGACACAAGAGUAAGCAGACUUAAACUAGUUUAUUAAAAUAAAAAUGGAUAAAAGAAUGAAUAGUAGAAGGAGC